AUGGAGUGUCCCAUGUGCUAUAUACUAUAUGAUGAGAAAAAGCAUAUUCCUAGAAAUUUACCUUGUGGCCACACAUUCUGCGAGUUAUGUUUGUAGUAAAUUUUAUAGCCAAAAGGAUUUAUUGAGUGUCCAAGCUGUAGGAAAAAAUUGAGUCCAGAUGUACGUCCUGAAUCACUUUCAAAGAAUUUUAUAGCACUUGAUUUAGCUUUGAAAUAACAUCAGCUUUAAUCUAAAUUAUAAUUAUGUGAUACACAUUAGGAGUUUUAAUUAUUCUUUUGCGAGGAUUGUUAGGAACAUUUAUGCACUUAGUGUAUCAUAAAUCAUUCUGGUCAUAAAUUUGUAAAAUAAGAGCAUUCAGUUUCUCUUUUAAAAGAAAGGCUACAGAAAGCAAAAGACCAGUUGAAUGAUAUCAUGGAUACAGUCAAUUCAGCAAUUUAGAAUGCAACAGAAAUCAAAACAUAUUAAGAGAAAUAUUUAAAGGAAUAAUUAUAGUUAAUUGAUAGCGAAUUCGAUUCACUCAUCGAAAAGAUAAAUUAAAAAAGAGAAUCUUUUAAGAAAGAAUACUCACAUAUAUACAUGGAAUACAUACAAUCAUUAGAGUUAGAUAUAGUACUUCAUUAAAGUGUCAGUGACUAAUUUAUAGCUAACUCUAAUACCAUUUAAGAAACUGAGAAAUUAUUAGAAUAAACAAAGGUAAUAAAGAAUGAUCAAUUAGUCAACAAAAUAUCUGAAAUUGAGGAUUAAAUUAAAAAGUAGAUAAAGGAAAGCACAAUAAGCUAAGAAAAGCAAGAAUUCGAAAUUCCAUCUAUAGUCUUUGGUAGUGAUAUAUACAAAUCGAUCAGUAGCAUUGCCUAUCUAGAUGUUUACCAGCCAAAAAUAUGUUUCGUUGGUAAUAAAAAUAAGUUGAUCAUCUUAGAUUUAAAGAAAUUUGAGUGGAAAAAAUAUAAUCUUGAAGGAGUUAAGUUCUUGGGGUACAGUUCUGCUGUGACUUUAAGAAAUGACAAUUUAUUACUUAUGGGUGGUGGAAAUUCUGAUUAGGUUUAUGAAAUCAGUAUAUAGAAUGAUUUGCAAGUAAUCAAAAGACAAUAAAUGCCAAUAGCUCGCAAAGAACACUGCUCAGUUGUUUUAAAUGAUGGAAGUGUAAUGAUUAUGGGAGGAUAUAACAUGGAGGCAUAAAAGAUGCUUAAUAGUUGCUAUUUAUAUAUCCCUAAAAUUGAUUAGUGGAGUGAACUUGCUCCCAUGAAAAUUCCAAAAUGUGCUUUUGCAGCCUCAUUGUGUAGUUAUGGGAAAUACGUUUACACAUUUGGUGGGUAUGAUAGCCAAAAAAGAUUAAAUGACAUUGAAAAAUACACAAUUUCAACAAAUACUUGGGAAAUUAUCAAUUUUAAGCUUCCAAAGCAUUUGAGCAACUGUGCUGCUAUCCAUCAUCCGAGAUAUGCUUCAAAAGAUUGCAUAUAUAUUCUUGGAGGAGGCCAUGAUGAAGGUUUUUUAAAGGAAGUUUACAAAUUUACUACAAGUCCUGAACAUAAAAUAGAGGUCAUAGCAGAGAUGGAAAACGGUAAAGAUUUGAGAAACAAGGUAGUAUUAUCUAAGCAUCAUCUCUAUACUAUUGGAGGUAAUGGGUAUAAAUGCGAGAGGCUCAAUCUUAUUAGUAAAGUUUGGGACACUCUACCUUCUUAUUACCCAAAUGUAGUAGAUAAUCUAGAUAGCUGGGCAUGCGCUCUAACAUAUACUAAUCAAUCGGCUGAUGAUAUGCUUAGUAGUUCGAUUAUGUUGGACGAUCCAAACAUCAAAAGCAUUAAGAGCAACUAAAGCUAAUCCUAUCAAUAGCAAAAUGAAUACAAUUUUUAUAGAAAUAGAGCUUAAUUUUUAUAAUACUAGAACGUGAAUGAAUAGAUUAAUCCCUACGUUUUAUAAAAUAAUGUUUCAUUUGCAAAUAAUAUUGGUUAUGAUUAAGAUGAUCAUCAUGAGUAAAGAGAGGAUAAUAUACUAAACUAUUCGUUUAAUUAAAAUCAUAGUUAAUUUAGAGAAGAGCUGCAAUCAAGCUCUAAUUUCUACAAUUACCGUUACAAUUUCAUGAUGGAUUGA